AGGAAAUAGACAGUGGGAAGCGUUCUUUGUUUUGUUUACAGAAAUUUCAUUGUGAAUGUAUUUUAUAACAAGGUUCGUGACAAAAUUAAAUAGGAUAAGAAAUUAUAAUACUGCAACACAAUCUUUGUUUUGCUCUCAUUGCUGAAUAAUAUUUUUUUUAAUAAAUCUGUACAUUAAUUAGUUCUUACUUGAUUUACUUUGUAAUGGCAGAUGGAGGAAUAUCUACUGAUGUCAAAAACAUUGUACAAAAUCUUCAAGGAACUCUUAAUAUCGCUUGUGACCAAUUAACAGGUGACCUCCCUGUUCGUGACUGCACUGACUUUGAAAAUGAAACAUUUUGGGCAAACUUUGCUGCAGCAACAAAUUUGGUUUCCCAUGAGGCCACUAAAUUCUGUGUGGCUUUUGAUUCAGGUGGAGUUACGUCAAUUGAAGAAUGUCAGUGUCUCGUAAAUAAAGUUGAAAAUGCCUGUCUGGCUCUCCUUUCGGUUUUCUUCAAAUUUCCGGUUUCUAGAGGUAAAACUUUACACAAAGAAAUUCAUUUACAUGUUUCAAGCAUUUUAAAUGGUAUGAAAAACCUGUGUUCAGCAAUUAUUAACCAAAGCGGUCAUUUACAAAAUGUUGGUAAUGUUUGGGCUGAUUGUGAAGCUGUUGAAAGUCUUCCUAAAAAUAACAUUGAGGCAGUGAUAAAAUUAUGUAGAGAGCAGCAUGAUAUGGUUCAAGAUGCUUCUCAAGAACUCAUGAAUGCAAUAGAAGAAGAAGAAUCGAAUAAUGGUGUUGAUUUGACUCUUCUGACACCUUUGAAUGGUUUGAGGGUUCCAAUCAAUCCAUCGUGGACAGACUCUGACAGAAAUGUGCUCUUUCCAUGUUCGGGUCUCGUGAAGGCUGCCAAAGCAUGCAUAAAGAAAGUUCAAAAAGCUAUAUCUCAGAGGGGGAAUGGAAAUACUCAAAAUUGUAUUGAUGAACUCGAUUUAGUUGCCGAUAUUAUUAAAUCAAGCAGCUUAAUUGCUGAUGACUUGGUCUUGUCUCUUUACCCUCCAAUGAAUCAUUCUGUUGUUCGGCAACACGCAUUAAUGAUUAGAGAUAAUUCUAAAGAAAUCUUAUCAUUUGCCAAGAGUUGCCAUUUUUAUUCCAUAGCAGAUGAUGUGUGGAUUGAAUUUCUGGGAAGAGCUAUUGACCAUAAUUGGGUUAGAAUCAGUGAUAUGGUUCUCGCUGAUUGAUCCAAAAACUAAUGUAAAUAUUUGUUAUUCAUUAAAAAUGUUAUUUAUGGAA